AUUAGCGCCCCCGUCGGCCAAACAGUACCGGACUGGCCGCCGUUCACAGUUCACGCCCCGCGUGGUCCCUAUUUCCCGGCGAGCACUAGGCUACCGCCGCCGCCGUCAGGUGCCGGUGCCCAGACCUUCGUCGUGCCCAUUUCACCGGCGACGAGCACCCACUAGCCCCUGCCCGCAGGUGUUGGGAACUGGGGAUAGAGAUGGAUCACCACCACCCGCAGCAGCAGCAGCAGCAGUACGGCGAUCCUUACCGUGGGCUCAUGACGUCCCCGCAGCCCGACCACCACCUCCACGCUCUUCAGUACCAUCAGCCGCAGCCGCAGCAACAGCCGGCGCUUAUGUCUCCACCGCAGCCACAGCCAGCACUGAUGUCUCCACAGCCGCAGCAGACACUGAUGUCUCCACCGCAGCCGCAGCAGCAUCACCACGCCUCUCUUGCCUCCCACUUCCACCUCCUACAUUUGGUUACAAGAUUAGCCGAUGCUAUUGGUACAGGAACAAGGGACCAAAAUUUCGAUGCACUGGUUGAAGAAUUGACCAGCCAGUUUGCUAGGUGCCAACAAUUGUUGAACUCCAUAUCGGGAACAAUAAGCUCAAAGUCUACUACGGUUGAGGGACAAAGGCAGAGUUUGGACGAAACACGGCAGCUGCUUGAUCAAAGAAAGGAGUUGAUUACAAAGUACAGAGGCUCUGUCGAAGAGCUCCUUAAGGGAGAUCAAAGAUAAAGAAAGCAUCAUAAGGCUUAAUAUUUAAGGAUUUAUUGUCGUCAAUACUUGAACUCUGUUACUUGAAUUCGGUGGUAUGCAUCAAUAGAGCCGGAAGAUGUUCUGGAGUAAGGACCUGGCAGUGUGAUACGGGAAUUUGACAUCUGAAUAGAUAUUCUCCCUUGUCCCUCUGGUAAAAAAAACUGUUGUCACAUUUGCCUUCGCUGUGACUUGGAUGUAUCAUGUAUAUCUUUGACCAUUGAUAUCUUGGUUAAUCAGACGGUGCAUUACAA